UCUAAAAUUAAUAAUGCUUCAAACUUUUUCCAAAUCAAUAAUAUCCUUGAAAAUUAUAAUCCUGAACCAGUAUUAGGACCUAAUCAUUUUGAUGAUGAAUUUGCAGAUGUGAUAAAAAUAACAGAGCAUUAUGAUAAUGUUGAUACACUUAUAUACUGUAUGGAUGAAAUAGAGCAAUUCAUUUCUAUGCAGUUUCAGAAUGCUGAAUUAUCCGAUAAGCCAACAAAAUUUGCAUUCGAAAUUGAAUUAGAUCCAAAACUUUUAGAUAGUGUUGCACUUAGCCAAGAUCUUGAAACGAAUCUAUUAGAUUUGAAGAAAAUCAAAAAUAGCUUUGCACAACUUACUAAAAUUCUUAUUUUAUUAUUAGAAUCUGGAUCUAAAUAUUAUUGGGAAGAGGUAAAAAGACAAAGUGAAGCUUGUGCUGCAAUAAAACGAUUCUCUUGUAAAGACAAAGUUACAAUUAAUAUAAAUAUAAUUCAACAAUAUGCAAAAGAAGCAAAACAAUGGAUUCAAAGGCAUCUUAAUUAUAAUUUACGAAGUUCAGAACUUUACAGGUAUCUAAUUGAGAAUAAAUUAAUUAAUUUAAUAUAUACAAAAGAACAACUUUUAUCAUCUAAAGCAUAUCUUGAAUGGCCUGAAAUUGCAGCUAGAAGAUUUAAAAUUCUUUCUUAUUUUGAUAAUAAUUUUGUGUAUAUUUUAGGAUUUGCUACUCCAUUACUUAAUCAAAUUAGUGUAGAAAAGAUAAAUAAGAUUGUAGUAGAUUCUACAUUUAAAACAAAUCAAGAAUGA